GUGUACGCGCGUGUGUGUCUCUUUACAAGAGAGAGUAUUUUCCUUUUUGGUGGAAAGUUUUUACCACCUCUUCCGCUCGAGUGCGUGUAACUCAUUUCGAUUAUCUUCAAGUUUUCCGUACCAUAUCGGUGUUUUAGUGCUGGUCCGUAAUUUUAUAAGCUGGUCGAACAGUGAGGAGCAACAAGGAACAAAACGUCAUCGUAGGCUCGCGUAAUUACGACAUUUCUACCACCAGUUGGAUGCUCUUGCAAUGCUGCAACAGGCUGAUACGCACGAAGGCAGUGGAAUUGCAUCGUACUGAAUGGCCACUCUUUAAUCUGGAAAAGCAGUUUUGGAGAUAAACGAUGCGACUGCCAAGAAGUGAACAAGAGUUAUGAUUUUUGUUGAAUUUUAGAUAAGAUAGUCGUCACUCGUCGUCUAGCGAUUCUUCCUCUGCAAUCAAGAUGGGAUUCGAGUAUGAACUGCUACAGCAGCAAGACUCAUCCGAACGCACACAGCCUCCGGCCGGAUCACGGCGCAAAGGUAGCUCGAAGGGUGGAGCGUCCAGCAGCAAUCUGCGCUUCAGUUUCAUCUGUCUCGUUAUCAGUGCCUCGCUGCUUAUAUUCCUGCUCGGUGCGUACACCGAUUCGUUCCAUCCGAUCAUCGACGGGAUUGCCGGCAAGCUCGGUUAUCAUGAGAAAAUCUAUGCCGUCGUGAUAGAUGCCGGUUCGACCGGGAGUCGGGUGCUAGCGUUUGAAUUUCACCAUGGCUACCUCGAUGGGCGCUUAGUGCUGGACUAUGAACUGUUCGAGCAAUCGAAGCCGGGUCUGUCCGCGUUUGCCGAUCGUCCGGCAGAAGGUGCGGCCAGUAUCGGGAAAUUGCUAGAUCUUGCCAAAAAGGUUGUACCCCAGGAUAAGCUCGCGGAUACUCCGCUAGUAUUGAAGGCGACCGCUGGAUUACGCUUACUGAAGCCAGCGCAAGCGGAAGCCCUUCUGGCCGCCUGUCGCGAGUUGUUUAAAUCGUCCGGCUUUCUGGUGAACGAACUAGCGGUGGAAAUAAUGGAUGGUACGGAUGAGGGUAUCUUCUCCUGGUUUACGGUGAAUUUCUUGUUAGGAAAAUUGAAUGGCCGCAAUACAGUAGCUGCGCUGGAUCUCGGUGGUGGAAGCACUCAGGUUACGUUUGCUCCCAAAGACGUAUCGCAGACACCGCUGUACAAGGACUACAUGCACCGGGUGCCCACGUUCACCUCGUACGUUGAGGUGUUCACCAAUAGCUAUCUCGGGGCAGGACUGCACGCGAUACGACAUGCGGUGUUCACGCACCGGGCAGCAGAGAAUCAAACGAAACUGACCAGCGAAUGCGUUAAUCCCAUCAUACACGACAAGCUGUUCCGGUACGGUACGGGACAAUACUACAUCAGCGGCAAGGACAAUCCGAAGGCAACGGCCGAAAAUCCGGUCGUCGAUUAUGAGCUGUGCGCGUCGAUCGUGAAGCAGAAACUGCUGCCAACGCUGAAACCAAAGCCGGUGACAUUGAAGCAGCAUGAAAUAUCUGCCUUUAGCUACUUCUUCGAUCGUGCCAUUGAGACGGGGCUAGUUGAUCCAAUGCAGGGUGGUGAGACGACGGUUGGCGAGUUCGUUACCAAAUCUCGAGAAGUAUGCGCCGAAGCAAACGCAGAUCAACCGUUUAUGUGUGUGGACCUGGUGUUUAUCUCCACACUGCUUGAGGAAGGCUAUGGAUUGAAGGCAAAAACACCGCUGAAGUUGUACAAAAAGAUUGACGGCCACGAAAUAUCGUGGGCCUUGGGCUGUGCGUAUAACAUUCUGACGAGUCGCGAAAAUGCGAUGAAACAUAAGUAAGCUAAGGAUAGCAACGAUUCCAACUCAAUCGGAACCAAAUGACGAACAUCAAGACGAUGCAAUCAGGAAGCUUUUUUUACCGGACCGGACCAGAUGGAGAAGUAUUUGUUAAACUAACGCCAACGAAGCAAUCGAAUCGACUUAUUGUUCCUCGCAAUAAGGAGGAAAAUACCGAGAGAAUUUAAAGCAAACGAUAUUAUAUUUAAUCUACCCCUUUACAGGCAGUUACUAAAACACAAACGUUGCCACCGAAUUCGCGCGUAGUGCGAACCAGGAUUUGAAUGAUAAUAGGGGCGGUGAACCGUUUUAGGAAGAAUUCGUGAAUGCAAAGGCAACGUUCGGUUCCAUCCCCGUUUAUUUCUCGCUCAUGGGCGAUUUUUAUACAAAAAUCGACAAACGGAAUGAAUUUUAAUUGUAUCUUACACAAACCCAACAUAAGAUUGGUCCCGCCGUAAUAGUAAAAAGCAUUCAAAAGACAUAACUAUUUUUUAAACCAUGGUAUAAAAAGAAACACAAACCCCACAUACAAUUACUAUUUGCCAAACAAAAACGAAACGAAUGGCGAAGGAUGAUACAUUUUUCGGUGUCUUUACAAAACAGAACGGAUGAACGGAAAAAACAUGGAAACAUAAAGUAGCGGACAUGGUUUUAAAACGAAAUCGCAGCGAUGACGCUUUUAACGAACCGUAACUAUAUCCAAGAUGUGCCUUUUUUCUAGAAAAAUUGAUCGUAUCAAGCAAGAGAAGCUGCGGAGAAUAAGAGAAGAAACAGGAUCAGAAGUGAGCGUGUCAGACAAACGAACACAUUACAGUUAAAUAUCACGAAAAUACCCACAUGAACAUGUACAUUCGUAACAAUGCACCAACGAACGUAAUUCCGUAGCCAUCAAUAGUGAAUAGAAAAAUAGCACGAGAAACAAACGUAGGAUGUGAUUAGCCGAAAUAGUUGUAAGCAAGUAACAGAACAAAAAAAAAACAGCAGUAGGGGAAAAAAGACUAGUUAAAAAGCAAUCUAGCUGUUAGUAAACUUUAGGCUGCACUGGAACAUACUCUUCUGCACAAAACUCCAAAUUCCUAACCAUACCGAGCACUUACCCUUUCAAGCAAUGGAAUCGUGCAUGAGUGUGUGUGUGUGUGUGUGUGUGUGUAUGUAAGUUGUGUCCUUUUCUCCUGUGCGGGAUCGUGUUGUCCUUGCCUUUUAUUUGUUGUUGAUGUUGUUGUUGCUGUUGUUGUUUGAAAGUAUAAAUCAAGGAGAGAACAUACACCUUUUGACGGGCAUGUUUGCGAAACGCAAGUCCUUAUAGUCCCCCAUUUGCUAGUGUACAGCAUAGAUCAUAGGCUGUGUAGAAACCGAAUAGCCAAUUAUACGUGAACCGUGUAGCGGUAGUAGCUGAUCGGUGUGCGUGAUCCUCCCCAAAGCACAUUCCCUUUCAUCCCGUUUGAAGGCUCCUCCGUGGACCUGUGGGUCCUGUAAAGUAAAAAUAGGAAAAAUUCGUUUGCUCCCAUACCAUUUCCACACACUGUAAACAGUGAUGGUCGUUUUUCCUGCGCACAUACUUGCACCAGUAUUCAUGUAUGUACGUAGCACACAAUCAUAAUAACACAAGACCCCAUCAGACAGAUUUUAAUGCAAGCUAGCUUUACAGCAUGUUUUCAUUUCCUCAAAACAAUUCAAAUGGCAUGCUUUCAUUUAACAGUUCAAUUGCUAACGCUCACUUAAAGUGAACAAAGUGUGAUAAAAGCUAGAAAAGCAAAGCAAAACCGAAGCGAUAAAACAAAUCAUUUCUCUCUCAGUGAAGUCGAUUAAUUGACAGCCGAAAUAGAAAGGACAUUAUUAGCUUUUUGUGUGACCGAACAAUCAAUGAAAAGUGAAUUGUACUACACGAUUGUUCUACGUUCUUUGUGUUUUGUUUUUCUUUUUGUAAAUGUGUAAACGGAUGCAACUGCUAAUAAAAAAUCAACCUCAGGAUGGUGUAACACCAUACCAAGUGUA